AAAAUGAGCUUGAUCCAAGGCGGGCACGACGUCGUCGUCUGCGGCCCCAGAGUGGAAGCGGUUAGAGGCGGCCUCACUGCAGACAACGGCGGCGGGGGGCCGAGGCUCCAGCCGAGCGCGCAGCCUCCUCCGGGUGGCGGCGGUCGGAGCAAAGAUGCCCGCUCCCACCACCGCCACUACCAUCACCACCACAGCAGCGGCUGCGGCACCUCCAUGCUCAAGCAGCCGUCGCACAACGAGCCCGCCGACGUCGUGAGGCGGGCGUUAGACUUCAAGUGCCAGGGCACGCAGUGCUACAAGGACAAGAAGUACCGCGAGGCUAUCGGCAAGUACCACCGAGCGCUGCUGGAGAUGAAGGGGCUUUGCCGGGUGCUCGGCGACCCGGACGGAGGUGGGUCCAAGUCGUUGCUGGCCGCCAUCGGCAAAUCCAGCCCGCUGACAGAUGAGCAGAAGGGAGCCAUGGAGAACGCAGAGCUUGAGUGCUACAACAGUCUGGCCGCCUGCCUUCUCCAGAUGGAGCUAGUCAACUAUGAGCGCGUGAAGGAGUACUGUCUGAAGGUGCUACACAAGGAGGGCAAAAACUUUAAGGCCCUGUACCGCUCGGGUGUGGCCUACUACCACCUAGGGGACUUCCAGAAGGCCCUCUACUACCUGAAGGAGUCGCACAAGCAGGAGCCCUCAGAUACAAACGUCAUUCGCUACAUUCAGCUGACGGAGAUGAAGAUCCGCCGCAGCACUCAGAGGGAAAAGAAAGACGCCGCAUAA